ACAACUCGAAAGGAUGAAACAGUGCAACUGCGUCCAUCUGCAAUCGCGACGGCAGCACUGCCUGGAUCAUCAGUACCCACACUGAAUCCCUCAACAAGCACGGUGGAAUCACCACUGGAUUUAUCAUGUCGAUCCGGGAACGGUUCAUUCAUCGAGGAACGAGAUAACCCAGUUGUCUGUGAACAUAGUAAUGCAGAUACGGACAGCUGCAGAAAGCGAGCAGCAACUGCUGCGCUGAUACGAGUGCCCCUCGCGCAUGGGUUUCUUUUCCCACUACUUUUUAUGAAAAAAAAAACCUGCUUGGCUUCUUUAUUUAAAUAG